AUGUCUGCUGAAAUGGAUAGAGCUCUCUUAGCCUUGUCUUUCAAAGAUGAUGAUGAUGGUCCUUUCACUCUACCAAAUCUCCCGCAGUAUUUCGCAACUGAAAGGAAUGCAUGCAGCUUAAUAGGACGACUUCUUAACCCAGAAUUUCAAAGACUGCCAAAAUUGAUCCUCGAACUACCAAGGAGGUGGCAGAAAUCGGAAAGAGUCAGGGGAUUUGCUCUGACUAAAGAAAAUUUUCAGUUUGUGUUCAUGCAUGAACACGAUCUUCAGGAAAUUCUAGAAAAAGGCAUGCAAACCUUCGAUGAUUGGGGAUUAGCAAUGGAUCGAUGGGUAGAGAAACCUCAGCCUGGAUUCCUGCAAUCAGUCUCGAUCUGGGUCAGAAUCAGUAACAUUCCGGUUAAUCACUACACCAAAGAAGCUAUCUCUGAGCUUGGAGAUCUUAUCAGGCGUGUUGAAAAAGUCAUAUUUGAUCCUGAAAAACCUCAGAGACAGGAUUAUGCUCAAGGAGCUAGUGAUCAGUCAACUGGAUUCAUGUCUAUCUCUCAGACUCCUCUUCCGCAACGGGUUCUUGAAGCUACUGAUCCUCUGUAUGGAGUUUUAAAGGAAGAUCAAGUGGGAAUUAAUCCUCUCUCGGGUCGCCCGCGUAUUGCUCCUGAGAUUCUACAAGAGAUGCGCAAUUAUCUACUAGCUUCAAGCUCUGAAGACAGACAUGUUCGUGAACAAAGGGUCAUUGCUUCAGUGAAAGAUUCAGAGAUGAAACUGGACUCACAGAGAUCAGUGAUGCAACUCAUCCCCACUUUGCUGUUUACUUCAGUCAUAAACAAAGGAAAAGGGAUAGUUGUCUCUGAUGAUAAAGAGGAAAGAAUGGGCCACUCUUCUAUCCCGAACCCGCAGCCUAAGCUUAUGGCAGCAGCAAUCUCCUCAGGACAGACGAUGUUCAACACCACAACUAACGUCUUCUGUAAACUAUCGCUACCAUCCCUUCAACAGUCUCAGGUGAAUCAAACCAGCUCUCUGAUUACUUUCACUGCUGAACCUGCUAGCUCCAAGGAGAAGGUAAUAAGGAAGCCAAGAAGAUUCAAAAGAAUCUACAACUCUCGUAAGAGGUCUCAGAAGUUACCUCAGGCUCAUGAUCACCAAGAGGUCACUGAAGGAAGUGUGAACAAGAAAAGGAAAGCUGAAGAUGAUUUGGCAGGUGUAUCCAAAGCUGCAAAGAGCAAUGCAGCAAAGAUGGUCCCGCGUGAGGGACUGUCCAAUGCGUAA